AUGUUCGGUGGCGAGCUGUUGGAAAGCGUCAUGUCCGGCGACCUGUACUUCUACGGCGAACCGGUGGACGCUGAAGUCUUCGGGCCCCGCAGCCACCUGGUUACAAAGGAAAUUGAUGUGCUACUCUCAGUUUUCUUCUCUUUCGCCAUACCUGAGGCCCGAUACCGCCACUCUGCAGUGAUUGACCCCACUGCCAGGGCCAUGUACAUAUUUGCUGGCAUGAGCCUUGGCGGCGCUGGCACAGCCAACACCUUUGGCGACCUCCAUCGCUACGAUGUGGACCUCGACUCCUGGACCGAGCUCCAAGGGACGGCCGGGCGCUCGCGGCACACUGCCGUGUGGGACAGCAGCUCCGAUCGCAUGAUCGUGUUCGGUGGCGUGGACAGCAUGCUGAACAAGAUGGGGGACGUCCUCGAGUACGACCGCUCGUCGGACUCCUGGUCCUUCCCACAGGUUGAGGGCCCAGCGGCGCGCGACGGCCACGUGGCCGUUUGGGAUGACGCCACUGGCACCAUGCUCAUGUGCUGUGGCGUCACAUCGGACUCUGGUGAAAGCUGGGGUGACCUGUGGUCCUAUGACGGCAAGUGGGCCAAGCUCAGUCCAUCCGGAGGCAUCACCGCCCGGAGGUACACCUCGGCAGUCUGGGAUCCGCAGGCGCGUGCCAUGCUGGGCUUUGGGGGAAGAGAGACCCCAGAGGCGGCACUGAACUCCCUGUUCCUGUAUUCUACCAGCACCAACAGCUGGAGCGAAUACACGGUGUCGGGCGCUCCUGCUCAAGACACAGGCGCCACUGCCUGGGACCCUGUGAACAGUCACCUUUACGCCUUCGGUGGCUUGGACCAGCAGGGCCCCUUAGACUCCCUGUGGAGGUUGGACGCGACCCACACGUCCAUCACCAGUACUGCGACUUCAAUCACACACACAGCCACAUCGACAACUUCUUCCUCAUUCUCGGAAACUUCGUCCUCCGCGACAACAUCGACCAAAGCCUACCCUAGCACGAGUACUAAAACGUGGGCUCCCUUGACGACAACGUGGACGAAGUAUUUCCCUACCCAAAGUACUACCCGAAAGCAGUCUCCCACUGACACUGCGGAGCUGUUGGGUGACCUCGGCAACUCCGAAGGGGAGCUCGCUCGGCAGCUGGUAGCCACGCUGGGCAGCGGCAACAGCUCCAACUCCUCAGGCAUCCUGGGACGCGCCCUCACGCAGUCUCACUUGGCGACCAUUCAGACCCUGGCGUUGGACAGCCUCGCGAUCUCCGACAUGAGCCACAACGUCACUGUGCAGAGCGCCAGCGCCAGCGUGGAGAUUCCUCCGGACGUCGUUGCCCAGGCUGCAGCUGCUGGCGGCAGCGGUCUGGUGCUGCUCAGCGUCUCGGUGGGCCUUGCAGAGCUCGGGACUGGGCUCAACGAUUCCGAGGGCGGCGCAGGUCAUGCUUUGGUCUCCCGGCCAGUAAGCAUCACCUUCCGUGGGCUUGAUGGCAACAGGAUUCCAAUGCCGUCGCUGGCGCGGCCCAUCGAGGUUCUGAUCGUGGGAGCGACCGAAGGCUCCUGGUGUGCUUUCUGGGACGAGGAGCGACGAUAUCCCGAUAUGCGCUUGUCCCUGACUUUGAACUUUUUCAAAGAGGACACCGGCACCUGGUCGUCGGAGGGCUUGCGUGCGGUGUCCUUCCGGGUCUUUGGGGCGGUUCUGGAGACCUUCCUCCAGGUGCUCCGGUGCUCCACCGCCGCGCAGGUGUUCUCUGCGGAGGGCUUCGAGAACCUCAGCAAGGGCACGCCCAGGGGGUAG